CCCCUACCACUGCCGCCACUCAUGCGCCGCGCGACCUGCCGACCACACGUGCACCCCACUACCGAAGAUCAACCCGGGAAUCAAACAUUGCACCGACGAACGCAACAGAAGACGCUUCCCAUUACCAUUAUGUGCCAGUGAUCGAACACCAGUGAUUUUUGUAAGCAAAACUUAAGUGAAGUGACUUUAUCGGCACGUGUAAUGUGCAAUUGAAGGGUGACGACAGGAGUGUAUAAAGCCGCAGCCUCAACCGUUUCAUAUAAAAUAUGGUGAGAGGGGCGGCGCUAGCGCUGCUGGCGCUGACGGUGUGCUGCGUGCGCGCCAGCGUGCUUGUGCCCACCUACGUGUUGCCGCCCGACUCGUUCGUGCGCGAUCAACGCAGUCUCGGCCCACCCCCAGAUACUGACACCGCGGAGUCUACGAGGACGAUUAAACGACUCAUCGGCGGGCACAUGAAAAUAAAACCCGACAAAGAGUACAGUUCGAUAAAAAACUCGAUCGAUUUCGAAGAUAAGCCGUCGAGCGGAAAAUUCGCAGGCGUGAUUGCGCCGGACCAGUCGGGCGGCACCGUAGGAUGGAACCAAGGCAUUUGGGACGAUGGCAUGCUUAUGUCGAGCGCGGGCGAAGGGAAAGAGGCCGUUAAAACCAAAGAGGAUGACGAAGACAAAAAAACGCUCUCCGACCAGGUGGCGGAAGGAAAAUACGGCUUAAUACAGAACGAAAUAUUUUCCAAAACACCUAAGCGCCCGGGAAUAGUUAGCUAUGAACCUAAUUCAGAAACGAGACAGAAAGAUAAUUUACAAACUCUCGGAGGUUUGAAGAAAGAUGAAAUAUGGCUCGCGGAAGACCAUUUAUUAGUUUUGAAAGGAGGAUCCUUCCCGGAGCGCACGAAAGAGAGCGAACGUAAACCGUGGCCGCCGAUUGACGACUACCAGGCGCCCAGAAGGCAAGUAAAAUUACCGCAAAAACCUAAAGUGCCACCGCCCUUUCCAGUACGUCUCACCGACGACGGACCGCUCGUCUUCCUCACACCAAACGGUAGUGUCCCUGCGGCCCUUUUCCCACCCUUCCCAGCGGGAGAAGGCGAAAGCCCUCUAUAUCCUCCGCCAUUCGCCUUCCCGCCGGGACCGUCCUAUGCCACGGGUGACUAUCCGGGAAACUCUUCUGCCGGGGGAGCGCCGUUGCCAAUUCCUCCGUUCCCAUUCCUACCCGGGAAUGCGAGCGAAGGACCGUUUACUUUCCCUGCAUCCAUGAACGGCUCUUUUCCAGAAGGCUUUCCUCCGGGCGCAGCAUUUCUACCACCACCAAGCAACCAGACCGAUUUGUACGACGAAGACGACCCUUCGAUUUACUAUCCGCCGCCUUACAAUUUUUCUUACCACGCGGACUACAAUAACAGCGUGCCAGCGGGACCAUUGGUACCUGGAAUAAUACUGCCUCCGCCUCCAGAUUUCUUUGCUCCAGUAGAAGAGAAGACAGAAAUUAGUAAAACUAGUACAUCGAAACCGACGACACUUCCCACGUAUACGAGGCAUAAACCGACUGUUAAAACUUCAACAAUGUCUGUGCAUCGCAAUAAAUAUAAAACAAGACCAACUACAACACCAGAUCCUACGAGAACAACAGAAACACCAACAACAAUUACUACACCUCCGUCUGUUGAGAUCGUCACUUAUGAAACACCUAAGAUCCGGAAACCACAAAGAAUUCCUUCACGAGUUCCUAUACGAGCGCAAAAUUUACCCGAUGAAAUUACAACACGACCAAAAACAGAAAAACCCGUCUACAAAACAAGAACAAAAGUCACAUCAAAACCAUUAUCGGUUUCUGUUAUUUAUGAUUAUCCAGAGGAAAAGGGUACCAAAGAGCCAACUACAACUGAGUACCCUUACAUCAUAUAUAAUUUACCAGAAAAAACACCGAAUGUAUUAAUUGAUGAACCAGUAACGUCGACUCCGGUGCCACUGAGAGCUUAUUAUUCUAAUACCCAAAAUAAUAUACCAACUACUAAAUUACAGCCAGUGUAUAAUCGCAAACCGAAUGAAAAUGCUUUGGCCUCUUUUUACUUUUAUGACGAACAACCUAAAACUUCACCAUCACCUGCCACUUACUUCGAUGGACGAAACUAUUACAAAACUGUGGCUUCCAAUCCACCUCAGUACCAGCAGCAAAAUGUUCAACAGCAAUCAGGGUUCGCACCAUCAGUAGACGUUGCUUACGGAGCAAUUGACCAAACUGAUGCGUUAUUCUUGUGGCCACAGAAACAAGGUCCGCGGACGCUUACACAGGAAUAUUUCAGUAUACAGAAACCAAGACCACAACCUGCGUACGUGCAACAGAACAAGCAACGGCCAGAAACAUUCUACCAACAAAUAGCUGAUAUUCAACAAACGAUAGACUUCUUUACAACAAAAAGGCCUAAAUCUCAUUCCCAUAGACAACAUGGUCACAAACCCAAGGCGAUCACUUCGCGACCUGUUUAUCAAUUCAGCUACCAAUCCCAAUCGCAACCGGAACAAUUUCGAGCGCCAAAACUGGAUCCUGAACCCUUCCGGCCCAUGGUGAGCUACAGCAAACCUUUUAACUUACAGAAUGAAUUUAAUGCAAUCACACCUUCCGUGGGACCUGGUUAUCAUCAGCAAUAUUUGAUUGAAAACGUACAAGUAACUACUGAAACACCAACAUCGACCAGAUUUUAUCCUAAGACAAAAACGCAAGAGGAAGACUACGUCACUGCACCCGCCAACAAAGAUACACGACCAAAAGGGAACAGAAACCAUAUUCCAAUACAGAAUGAUAAACCAGCAGUACAACAUGUGACAAGAUACCCCAGUACUACAGCUAAUCCUAUAAGCCACGGCUACUACACGAAACAAGACGAAAGAUACCUCGAUGACAUCACAAGAAAUUCAUUCGACGUGUUCGGGAAGAAGAUAGAAGAUAACACCCAUGAUGUGAACGGUUUGGCUGUGACAGCACCUAUAGAAACUGUUAAGACACCGAUAGAUAACGAUCUUAAUUUGAGGUACGCUUAUGACAUCAUCGAUCAGCAGGGCAACCCACCAUCCCUAGACAGAGAUACCUUAGUAAAUGAACGGUUUCCGAGGCCGACCAUAAACCCCGACAGUGAACCUAUACAGCCUAACAACGCCGAGUUAGUGGAUCAGAAGCCACCGUCGUUACUGCAUGACACCUUAGUCAACCAGCGGUUCCCGAGGCCGCCGAUCAACCCGGACAGCGAGUUCAUUCCCAUUCCGAAUCCGAAUCCUCAGCAGUACAGAAUACAAUCACAAGAGCAGAGGGCUCAUUACACCGGGGAGCAGUACGAUCUAAACGGGCCAUCGUUAGGGAGUGAUACGGCCGUGAAUUAUGCGCGACCUUUGCCGCCCGUGAAUCCCGAUGCAGAGUGGAUAACGCCUGUGAACUCAGCGGGCGAAGGAAGGCCGGGGUCGUUCGUGUCAUAUCGAUUGCCAGGAGAAGGCGCACACGUGUACUUCCUGACACCUCAAGCAGCGCAAGCGGCACAAGCAGCCCGCGAGAGGUACCGCUCGCCCGGAUACGGACGGUGAAUCCAAAGCUCUAGUCUCCUCAGGAAACGGCGCGCAAGUGACGCGACGUGACAAGUGUAAAUAUAAAGCGCAAAUGUGAUGUUUUAAGUGUCCUAAGUAGUGUAAGAUACGAAAGACUAGCGGCGCCGACCGCAUUGCCAUAAUAUUAAAUAAAAACGAAAGUUUUUUUGUUUGUGUAGUUAUACUCGAAUUUGUUGACAUGUAUAAAGGACGCUACAGUGUCGACGACUUAUUUAUUAAAUUAUUUUUAAGAUAUCGUGGUGCAUGCCUAAUAAUUAGUUAAUUUAUUUGUCAGUAUUCUCAUUGAACUCUAGGGAAUGAUGUGAUAUAUCGUGAGUGUGGCAAUGAUUGUGAGUAUGUAUUGUUAUGAUAAUGGCGACGGGUAAACGUUGCCGUAGUUGUUAUUUAAACAAACUAAUUGAUGUGAUUUUUUUUUUGUAUUUUAUAAAAAUGAAAAAAUGUAAAAUAAACUUUUUAAUACUUGAAG